CACUCACUACAUUACAAUUCUUCAUUAGUCUUCACAACAGGGAGCAAGGUCAAAAUGUCAGAAGGAAACAAUGGACAGCCAAGAAAAUCCAAAGUCACGAUUGCACGUAAAAUACAUCUUAAGAGUUUGAUGCUUGUAAAUGCAAGCAAGCAACUGGAAAAAGAAAAGAGCGAGAGAGAUAACGAAAAAAAUCGUAUGCUUAAUGAGUGUGUGCCACAAUUUAACACAUCAAGUCUUUCAGUUCAAGAACUCCAGAAAAUCUGCAAACAGUUCCAUCAGAAGAUUGAUAACGUUGAUGCAGAGCGCUAUGACGCUGAAGUUAAAGUGUCCAAGAAUGCCAAAGAGAUCGAAAGCUUAAACCAGAAGAUCUUAGAUCUCAAAGGUAAAUUCAAACGUCCCACCCUACGUCGAGUCAGAGUAUCUGCUGAUGAAAUGCUGGGUGCUCUAGCGGAAACCACUUGUAAAACUUCCCUGGAUUUGAGAUCAAACCUAAAAUCAGUGAGAAAGGAAGAGGAAAAGGAACCAGUUGAAGUCCAUGACUGGCGUAAGAAUGUAGAAGCAAAGUCUGGGAUGAAAGGGAGAAAGAAGAUAUUUGAUACAGGUGCUGCUCCUCAGUAACAGCAUCUAUAUAUGGAUCGCAGCUGUAAAAAGAGCAACUGGUUAUUUCUUGAACCUGCAAAGAUGCCAAGCUUUGCUGGCAAACAGUAAUUGGUUCCUUAAUAUUUAUUCCAGGUCUGCUGACGAAAGCUUGGAAAUCACUCAGUUGUUAUUCACAAUUUAUCACAAUCAAUCUCAAAAAAGAUCAGUUAAUUAAAGAUCAUUUUGGAAAGUGGAUCCGUAAAGGGAAAGUUUAUCUGAAAGACGGGAUUCCAACUAAGAGAAGCCUCAUUUACAAGGCUGCAUGGUAUGUUCAAUAAGAACAGUUGCUGGAUGAGUCUUCUGUGUACAAGUUUAUGAAAAUGAUGAUGAAGAUGGAAAACAGAUGAUAUUAACUCCCUCAGCACAAAGAACUUUUCAACUUUUAAUAUAAGUACAUAUUUUCCUUUCCUAGAAAAGAACUCAUGUAGCAUUGAGAAUUGUACUGAAGUAAAUCUAGAGAAUUGUACAGAACCAAAGAAUUCUACUUAAUUCACAGUUUUAAAAAAAACAUCCUGGUAAUGUUCUAAAAUUUAUUGAUAAAGUGUGACUCAAAUCGCAAAGGACAUAAUUGCUACAGAGUAAACAAUUGCUUUGGUUUCUUGGAAGAAAUUCAAAUGUUUGUGAAAUAUUUCAAAGGCCCACAGUUUGCACUUAAUUUACAAUCUAUAUAUUGGUGAUAUUUUAGUAUAAUGAUUCAGAAAUCAGCUGUAAAAGAUAAAUGUUAUUGUUGGACUGUCAUGAUCUCAAUAAUGGCAACUGUCCAAUAUUUUUAAAAUAUAUAAUUGCUCAGUUCUAAUAAAUGUGUAAAUAUAA